AUGGAACCAGAGUUUAGUAUUUUUGCGACCCCAUUCAAUGUUAAUUACGAAGAAGUUGAUGCAAAAUUUCAACUUGAGUUAAUAGAACUGAACUGUAAUACUCUCCUGAAACAAACUUUUCAUACAGUACCAUUACUAGAAUUUUAUAAAAAUUUAAGUCCAGAUAAUUUCCCAAAUCUAAUUACUCAUGCAAUGAAGAUAAUGACAAUGUUCGGCUCAUCUUAUAUAUGCGAACAAAUCUUUUCAACAAUGAAGCUUAGGAAAACUUCUUUAAGAAACAGAAUUACAGAUGAGCACCUUUCAUCAGUUUUAAGAAUUUCUGCUUCGCAAAUGGAACCGGACUAUGAUGAAAUUUUGAAGAAACAGUCUCAAUUUCAUUUUUCUCAUGCACCAUCAACCAAAAAACCUGUGUGCUUACUUUGCAAUACAACUGUUGCAGUUUUAAAAGAAUAUAACAUUCAACGCCAUUUCAAGAGCAAACAUGAAAACCACUCCUACUCAUCGUUAAGUGAAGAGGUGAAAAAAAUUAAAUCGAAAGAUUUAAUAAAAAAUUUAUCAAGUCAACAACAAUUAUUUCAGAGAGCUAAUCAUUCUCAAAGAUGCGCUACGAAAGCCAGUUAUGUGUUGGCUUAUAAUAUUGCUAAAUCUAAUAAAGCAUUUUCAGAUGGUGAAUUUAUAAAGCAGUGCAUGAUAGAUGUGUGCGAUAUUAUGUGCCCUGAAAAGAAAAAUGAUUUUCAGUCACUGUCUCUCUCAAGAAGAACAAUCACCGAGAGAAUUGAAAAUAUUGAUAAAAAUCUAAUUUCACAACUGACUACAAAAACUCAAAAAUUUAUUUUUUAUUCAAUUACCAUGGAUGAAAGUACAGAUAUCAGCGAUACUGCACAGUUACUCAUAUUUGUAAGAGGAAUCGACGCCCACUUUGAAAUUACAGAAGAACUUGCAGGGCUGCAGUCAAUGAAAGGAACAACGACUGGUGCCGAUAUAUUUUGUGAAUUUGAAAAUUGCAUCGAUAAACUUCGUUUACCUAUUGAUAAGUUAUGUAAUGAUGCUCUCUGUAAAUCAGCUAUAGAUAUUGACCAUAUACUUAAUAUUGUUGUAAAACUAGUAAAUAUGAUUCGUUCCAGAGGAUUAUUACAUCGCCAGUUUCAACAGUUUUUGGAGUCCGUACAUGCUGAGCAUUCCGAUAUCCUGUAUUAUUCAAAAGUUUUGAAAGAAUAUUUGGGAUUUAAAAGACGAUAUUGUGAAUUUUCUUCUUGA